AUGGGUGGGUCUGGAAGCCUCACAAUUAGCACCUGCCUAGUGUCCCUGCUGCUCACUGUCUGGAUUUCUUCCCUCGAUUCCCUUACCCUCGAACCUCCUCGACCACCCACACAGCCUCCAAUAUUCGACGGGGAGCCAUUCAUUGUCUCCUGGAACAUCCCCAACCUCACCUGCAACAGAUACAACAUCACCCUCAACACCUCCCCUUACCGCGGGGUGAGCAACCCUGCCAAGGUGCCCGGCCAGUUCCUCUCCCUCUUCUACAUCGACCGCCUGGGCCUCUACCCGUACGUGGACCAGGGCACCAAGCACCAGUUCCACGGCGGCGUCCCCCAGCGGGGCAACCUCCGUGAGAGCCUGGCCAAGGCCCACGGUGACAUCCACCAUUACAUCCCCUCCCGGAGCAGCCAGGGCCUGGCCGUCAUCGACUGGGAGGAGUGGCGGCCCCUGUGGGAGCGCAACUGGGGCUCCAAGCAGAUCUACCAGUCGCUGUCGGUGACUUACGCCCGGCGUAGGAACCCCGCUCUGCCCCUCAGGAGGGCUAUGGCGCAGGCCAAGCAGCGCUUCCAGUCGGCCGCCAAGAGCUACAUGCUGGAGACCCUGUCGCUGGGCACCAGGCUACGGCCCAACUACCAGUGGGGGUUCUACCUCUUCCCCAACUGCUACAACUACGGCUGGGACGAGUGGCGGUACACGGGCGAGUGCCCCCGGGAGGUGCGGAGGCAGAACAACCAGCUCAUGUGGCUGUGGGAGGCCAGCACGGCCCUGUAUCCCUCCAUCUACCUUCAGGCCUUGCUAGGAGACAGCCACAGGGCAGCGUUGAUGGCAAGGCAUCGGCUCCAUGAGGCACUGCGGGUGGCGGCACUGCCUAGGAGAAGGAGACAUACAGUACCCAUAUAUGCGUACGCACGGCUGGUGUUUGUGGAUCGGACCAAGACACUGCUUAGCCUGAGGGACCUGAUCCACACCAUUGGAGAGAGUGCUGCCAUGGGGGCCUCCGGUGCUGUACUGUGGGGCUCCAGUGGCGACUACGAUGACAAGGCUUCCUGUGAGGCCUUAUCUGCAUAUCUAGAUGACACUAUCAACCCCUAUGUGGUGAACGUAACAGUCGCUGCCAAGCUGUGCGCUGACUUCCUGUGCAAGGGGAAGGGGCGCUGCGUAAGGAGGAACUUCAACUCCGACACGUACCUGCACCUUAGCGCUGACAGCUUCACCAUCAAGAGGUCGGAGGUCACGGCGGAGUUCACAGUCGACGGGCAGCCCAGCCUCCAGGACCUGAUGGAGUUUGCAAAAGGGUUCACAUGUCAGUGCUACGCAGGGAUGAACUGUGACACUAAAAUCCCAAGGCCGACAUCGAGACCCACUCAUAAAAGAACUACUUCUACUACUACUAUUACGACUAGUACUACUACAAUGACUACUACUACCACAGCUGCUACUACUUUUGCUACAACUACUGAUACAAUCACCAGCAUUCCAAGCACCUCCGUAAGCCAUGUCACAAGCCUGACCCCGAGUCCAACCUCGGAUGACCCCCUAAGUGAAGUCUACACUGUCGAAUCCACACAAUGGACAACAGACACUCUGUCCCCCCAGUCACAGACUGAGGAUCUUUCCUCUUUCAGCACUACGGCAUCUGACAUCUACGACAUCUAUGUAUGA